AUGUCGAUGGAGAGCUUCGACCACAUCUACUUGGACCUGUCCAAGGAGAGCGGCAAAUGCCGAUUCUCAGAGGCCGGUCUCGGUUGGAAGCCCGUUGGCGGCGGCGAUGCAGUCACUCUCGAAUCGAGCAACAUCGCCGGCGCACACUGGAGCCGAGCUGCGAAAGGCUACGAGGUCAAGAUUCUGCAGCGGAACUCCGAGGUGAUGCAGCUCGAUGGCUUCCAGCAAGAGGACCACGAGCGAUUGACCCGAAUCUUCAAGAAUUGGUACGGCCACGCGCUAGACACCAAGGACCACUCGCUGCGGGGCUGGAACUGGGGCAAGGCGGAGUUUACAAAGGGCGAGCUCACCUUCAACGUCCAGAACCGACCAGCGUUCGAAAUCCCUUAUUCCGAAAUUUCCAACACCAACCUGGCAGGCCGGAACGAGAUCGCUGUCGAGCUUGCCAACAAUGACGGGGAGAAGGCCAACGGCCACGCUAGCAAAGGUCGUAAGGCAACCGCAGCUAUGGACCAGAUGGUUGAGAUGCGGUUCUACAUCCCAGGAACAACUACCAAGAAGGAGGCCGAGGGCGAGGAGGCUGCCAGUGACGCCGACGAGGAGGAGGUCCAAGCUGCGCAACUAUUCUACCAGACCCUGUUGGACAAGGCGGACAUCGGAGAUACGGCUGGCGAUACCGUCGCCACAUUCCAGGAUGUCCUGCACCUUACGCCCAGAGGCCGCUUCGACAUUGAUAUGUACCUCCAGUCCUUCCGACUUCGCGGCAAGACGUACGACUACAAGGUGCAGUACGAUGCUGUCAAGAAGUUCAUGGUCCUCCCUAAGCCGGAUGACGUUCACUUCCUGCUCACCAUCGGCUUGGAUCCCCCUCUGCGCCAAGGCCAGACGCGGUAUCCCUUCGUGGUCAUGCAAUUUAAGAGGGACGACGAGAGUACCAUCGACUUGAACAUGAGUGAGGAAAUGCGUAAGGAGCAAUAUGACGGGAAAUUGGAGUCGCAUUACGAGGAGCCCAUGCACCAGGUGGUGACUAAGAUCUUCCGGGGUCUGUCCAACAAGAAGGUGUCCACGCCUGCGAAGGACUUUGAGACGCACCGUCAACAGCAGGCGAUCAAGUGUACCAUCAAGGCUAGCGAGGGCUUCCUUUACCUGUUGGAGAAGGCUUUCAUGUUCGUGCCAAAGCCGGCCACGUAUAUUUCCUACGAGCAGACACAGUCUGUGACGUUCUCCCGCGUCAGCGGUGCAGUGUCAGCUCUUUCCACUUUCGACAUAACAGUGCAGAUGAAGGGUGCCGGAUCACAGCAGUUCAGCAACAUCAACCGGGAUGACUUGAAGGCGCUCGAGUCGUUCUUCAAGCUCAAGGGCCUGCGGGUCAAGAACGAGAUCGACGAGGACGAGAAGCUGCUCAAGCAGGCACUGCGGGCACAGGAGCUGAGUUCGGACGAUGAAGUUGUCGGCGGCGGAGCGGACCGCGGCUCAGCAGAUGAGGACGAGGAGAGUGUUGAUGAGGACUUCCACACCGAGUCGGAAUCCGACGUUGCUGAGGAGUUCGAUUCCGACCACGAGAGCUCUGGGUCCGGCAGCGGAUCAGACGCGGAGAGCGGAGUUGCCGAUGAUGACGACGGUGGUGACGAGGAUGAAGAUGCAGACUCGCCCCCCAAGAAGAAGAAGAAGACGACCUAA